AUGCCUCAAAAACGCAAACAGACCGAGAUAACGCACAAGAACCCCUCUUUGACGCGGCGCCCUCUAACUCCUGCUCCUGACCCUCCAGCGAAAAGAUCCACCCGAAACACAUCCACACCAACAACCCACCCGCACCCGCAAACCCAAUCCCCAUUUUUCCACCUCCCCCGCGAGAUCCGGGACAUCACCUACAACGAGGUUUUCGUCUUCAACGAAACAAUCCACAUCGCCUACGUCGGCGGCCGAACCCGUAAGUUCCGCAGUGCUCUGUGCAGACUCCCCGAACGGGAUCAGCUCGAGCAGACGCAGUCGGGCGAGCUAUGCUGGCGGUGUAGGGAGGUGUGUAAUCAUUCCGAGUGCUCACCGAGGAAUCCAUGGAAUAAGGUCAAUGUGAGGGGAAAUCCGGCGCUUGCAAGGAAGCUGGGGGUUAAGGUUAUCGGGAUGUUGAGCACUUGUCGGAGGGUGGGCCGAGUUCACCCCUUCAGGUAUAUUGAAACGAUACACCUUUAUGCACGGAACAGAUUCUACAUUGGAAACCCACCCACCGUGCUCGAACUCCCCCGCUACAUCCCACAGUCCCGCCUCUCCGCAAUCCGCACGCUAUAUCUCGAGUCACCCGUCUAUACUGACGCAGUCUCGCAACACCAUGACCCAAUCCCGGAAUGGGAGCGGAUCGUCAAUGCUCUAGAGAAGUUCGACGGGUUGACAGAUCUCUGUAUCAUCCUGCGGCCCCUGUACGGAUUUGCGAGUGAUGUUGAAGGGCUGCAAAAGCCGGUUCGGGACGCCAAGUUGGUCGCUGAGCCUAGGUUUAUCGUCAAGAAGGUUGUGGAUACGGUGCCUGCUAACCGCGUUCCCGAGGAUGAGGUUUGUGGGCCCGGUUGUGCUAUUAAUCAGGGGGUUAGGCUGGGGUUGCAUGGUGUGGGGAGUGGGUGA